AUGGGACGAUCUGGCUACCCUUCGCAACCGGAUAGUCCGUCCAGGCAGCUGAUGUUGGAGCUAACCAGGGACCUGGAGCAACUGCGCGUCCACAACUCAGAGUUGAAAAAGGUCAAGGCAUACGAACGUCGAUCCUUCUAUGAGAGUCUCGACAGGGCAGACAGCGAAUUGGAAGCUCAACACAAUGCGGCACUCGACAAAGUCGCUGCUCGGCAUGAGCAAGUCUUGGAGGAAGCAGAAGAGACGUUAAGGGCUUACCAGCGCGCGGUUGAGGAAGAGGCCCGUCGCAAACAGGAAGAGGCUCGGAAAGAGGCGGAGCGGAAAGAACGCGAGAGAGCGGAAAAACUGCGUAAAGAGCAGGAGCUCGCCAGAAUGAAAGCUGAACGGGAGGCCGCCCUAAAGGCUGCGGAGGAAGCGAAGCGGAAGGCUGCUGAGGAGAUGGAGAGGCAGAAAAAUCAAAAACAACUCGGUGGUGGCCGAUUGUCGGAGGAGGAGAUUAAAACUCACCAACGCUACGUGGAACUACACCAGCACCUGAAAAAGUUCCGUCAAUACCUCAGAGACCAAGGCAAAUUGAAUCCCAUCAUCAAGCAGAACAUGGGGGAUAUGCGCCGCUCGAUCAAGAAAUGCGUUGGCCAACUGCGUGAAGGGAAGGGCGUAAACAAGAACCAGACCCAGGAAAUCCGCACGACCCUCGAAAGAGCUGCCUCAAUAGCUGAACCCUCCGUCGACAUUCGCCAAUUUAUCGCCUUCCCACCCGAAAACAUCGCCAAAUCUGAUGACAACAAAGUCCCAGCUCUCCUUAUCUACGGCCUCAACAUUCUCGCCAAGUCCCUCAUUUCUUCGCUUAUCACCGAAGCUUCCAUCAAUCAAGGUCACGCUGAACCGAUCGGCAUCGUUGCCGCCCAGAUAUUCUCCACAGAAGCCUUCCUCUACAAGGGCGUCCACAUGGUCGACAUUCUCUGGGCUAAAUACCGCGUUGUUUGCCCCGCGCUUUGGGGCUUCUACGGGAAUGAGAAGACUGAAGCUGGUAGACGCGCGUUGGGAUGGUGGCGCGAUGGCGGCUCCGAUGGGCCAUUUGUUAGCGAGCAAGCGCAUGCAGACCGGAUGACCGCGUUAGGAGCUGGAUUUGCGGCCCUAACACUGCGGAACUUCGGCAGGACGCAGCGCAAGAACCCUUUCCCGAACACACUUUACUGGUUCUCCAUGCAUAAAAUCUUAAAUAUCCCGGUUGCGGAAAUUCAGGAGACGCACGUCACGCUCCUAUCAGCCAUGCUGAGGUCCUCAGCUGAGAGAAUCGUCGGUUUUUUUGGGCAUAUCGGAUUGGCAUUGAUGAGGAAGGCAAUUGUUGAAUUACCGGCCAACCUUCCGCGUCAGAGUAUGGCGGUUAAUCAGCUGAAGCUUCUGAAGGACCUUUAUCAGCGGGAGAAGAACAUCAUCAUUUGA